AUGCCCAAACUGAAGAAGAAGACGUCCCAGCCGCGCAAGAGCACGACGCCGCCUCUGAUGACGGCGCCUUCGACGCCCCACAAGGCCACGACCUCGCUCGCACCCGUGUCGUUACUGUCGGCGUCACCGCUCAUCGCAGCCGCCGAGGCGACCGACGCCGUCGUCACCGUCGUCGCAGACCAUGCCGACUUGGUCUCGUUGAGGGAGGCUCAUUCACUACCCAGGUGAGUGCGUAGAAUCGGUGGGGGGAUCGAUUCCGAACUGCACGGCCGCUCAUCACCUCGCCUCUCCUCGCUCAGAUCUGUCGACUCUUCCGCCUCGUCGGUGCGUACCGCGCAUUCGUCGACCCACACGUUCGACCACUCGACAACAGAUCAACAAAGCACGGCCGGGACCUCUCCGUCCUCACCGUCUGCUCUGCGCGCCCUCCGCGAGCGUCUCGCCGCCGAUGCCGAGGCACAGCACCAGCAACACCUUGCGGCGACCAACACCGACGACUCGCCCAACAAGCUGCGCAAAAAGAGACCACCCCCAUCCCUCUUGGCCGAACAUCAGCAAUCGAGCGCAGAAGAAGGCAAGGGCGAAGAGUUGGGGCAGCCGAGUGUCGAGCAGGCGACACCCGAGGUCGACGCGAACGAGGAUACGGUCGAGGCAGCACAAGACAAUGCAUCGCAGUCUUCCCAAUCCGAGUCGAAUGGAGCAAGUUCGAAAGAUCUUUCUCCUAUUGAUCAUAGCGAAGCGUAUCGACUCCGAGAUCCGACUCCUUUUUCAGAAUCGGCUCUCUUCUCGCUCGCCCUCGCCCCACCUCGAUUUGCUCGUCGAGUCGCGUCGAGCACGACAUCAUUCGCGUACAACACGACCGUUCGAGCCGUCUACCUUCCCGUUCACCUUGCACGAUCUGCCGUUGAUGUUCCGAUAUCCAUUGCGCAAUCGCUCCCCGUGGUUGGCGGGUAUCUCAACUCGAGCUCCGAGCCCACGUCCAAAGAGCCCAACUCGACAGCAAACUCACCUCGAUCGCCGACCGAGCCUACAUCUCGCAAGACCUCUUUUUCGAAUAUGCCGCCUCGACUUUCCCGCCCUUCCGAACACGAGGGUACGAUCUCCUCCUGCUCCUCGCCCGAAGACGACGACGAGUUUGGUCCGAAAGGUUUGCUCUACCGCACGGCCGAGACGGCGGCGGGAGUCGCGAUCGCGGCGACGAUCCUUCCGUUUGCUGCUGCUGGAUUGAUGUGGGGUGCCUGGGUGCGGAGAGGGGAGAUGAAAGGCAAGACGGGGACGUCGUGGGGCAAGGGAACUUGA